CCCGUCCGUGUGUCACUCCCGUGACUAGCUCUCGUCAGAGAGGGGAGGUAAAAAAAUUACAGGCGAUCAACAUGACUAUUGAUCAGCUGUUGAUAUCGUCAGCGGGUCGAAGCUAAAGGGGGGUAAUUUCGCGUUUUUAUUUUUUCAUCGAUAUACUGGUACACUGUGCAGUUCAUGCUCAUCACACGAUGCAGUGAAGCGAGAUAAAAAUAGCCUACCACAUCGUGGAUCUCGGGAUAGUCUAUAAAAUCAUUCCGCGCCAAAGAACCCACUGCCAUGGCCCGCUUCUUGCUGCCUCCACUUUCAUGUAAACAUUUGUACACGAUUUGUGCCUUCGCUCUUUUAACCUGGGUUGUCUCCGCCAGCGACCCACUGGACACAUCCAACAUUGACCACCACCUCAACGUCUUCAGCCACUUCCGGGAACCUUACGACCAGCGCUUGUACGGGAUCCUCCACAUCGAAGCUGGCGACAUUAGCACGUCGUCAAUCCAGGUCAAAUGGAGCUUAACCAACCGCACGUCGUCAGACAGCAAGAUGGAGGCUACUGCACUUUGCGAGACACCCAACGGGAAGAUCGUGUCGAACAAGCUGACCAGCUCGACCCGAUCGUUCACGUUUGAGCUGCUGAGCUCCAACACGAAGUACCUGGUGUGCGUGUACCUGCUGGAGAAGUCGUCCUCCAGCAACACCAGCAUCCUGCACUACAGCUGCGACAUCAUCAGCACCAUCCCGCUCAUCCGCGUCGACAGCGUGGUGGGCGUGCUGCUGACCCUGGGGUACAUGGGCUCCAUGGUCGGCCUGGGGUACGUCGCCUGGAGGAGGAAGGUCCGACAGGUCCGGCUGCAGGAGGAGAAGCUUCUGGAGGAGGAGGAGGAGAGGGAGGUGUACCCGAGCAAGGGGCAGCUGGGGGUGUAUGAGGGCGCGGACGGGGCGUCGAUGAAGAUGAGGGCGGGGUGCAGCGGGAGCACGAGCUGCAUCAAGGGGGAGAAGGAGGAGAUGAUCCACUAUGACGCCAAGAGCCGGGAGAUUUCCUUCUAGAGGAGGGAUGGGGGCAACCAUGUGGGCUUAGAGCAACUAUGGGGGCUUACGGCAACAUGAUGUGGGCUUAGGUCAGUGUGAUGUGGGCUUACGGCAACAUGAUGUGGGCUUAGGUCAGUGUGAUGUGGGCUUACGGCAACAUGAUGUGGGCUUAGGUCAGUGUGAUGUGGGCUUACGGAAACAUGAUGUGGGCUUAGGUCAGUGUGAUGUGGGCUUACGGCAACAUGAUGUGGGCUUAGGUCAGUGUGAUGUGGGCUUACGGCAACAUGAUGUGGGCUUAGGUCAGUGUGAUGUGGGCUUACGGCAACAUGAUGUGGGCUUAGGUCAGUGUGAUGUGGGCUUACGGCAACAUGAUGUGGGCUUAGGUCAGUGUGGUGAGGGCUUAGGGCAACCAUGGGGGCUUAGGGCAACAUGAUGUGGGCUUAGGUCAGUGUGAUGUGGGCUUAGGGCAACCAUGGGGGCUUAGGGCAACAAUUGGGGCUAAGGGCAAUACGUUGUGGGCUUAGAUCAGUGUAGGGCAAUAUAUUGGGGCUUUAGCGAAAAAUAAUGGGCGCUUAUGUCAACAUAAUGGGGACUUAAUCCAAUCUAAUGGGGGCUUACGGUAAUGUAAUUGGGCUUUAGCGCAAUAUAACGGGAGCGUAGGCCAAUAUUUAGGAGAAAAUUGAUUGAUUGUAGAAUGUUAAACACAGGUUUAACACUGAACAAUCACACUGAAACAUUGAGUUGCAGACGACCAAUAAUAACACGGACUUGCUAUUGAUAAAACCAUGAAUUCUAGCACUCUGGGAACCAACGUAUGCCGAAUGACGACAUUAGGAUUCUAACGAACUGUGCCGCACUAAAGGUUUAGCCGUUAAACGCUUAGCCCAGCCUUGACCUUCUUUUACUCACAGGGUACGACUGGCCAAUCAGGGCUUAACUAUCCCCUCGGGGCCAUCGAUCUACACCGGGCAUGCUGGGAUCGCAUUUCGGCUGGGCGUGGGGAAGCUCAGGGUUGUGGUGAGUGAGGGGAAAAUUAAACUUCUGGUCAGGACCCAGUCAACAUCAAGGUUAUAUUUUUAUCAACAACAGCCAACAUCAAGGUUAUAUUAUAUCAAUAGUCAACAUCAAGGUUAUAUUCUAUCAACAGUCAACAGUUUAUCAAUAAACUUUCAACAUCUCAACAUCAUAUUAUACCCUAACAUCCAAUCAACAUCAGCCAUCAAACAUAUAGUCAACAUACGGCCCAUAUUCAGAGAUUGUGUUAUGUAACUCUUCAUGAAGACAAUCAGCAGAGACCAUGUUUUUGUUUAUAAACAUUUCUGCGCCAACUGAAUUGCUCUAACAUUGUUUAUUUGCUUGUUGUCUUAGGUAGUAGUUAGCCUGUCGUACCACUAGGACAUAGUCCUGUCGUCUCACUAGGACAUAGUCCUGUCGUAUCACUAGGACAUAGUCCUGUCGUCUCACUAGGACAUAGUCCUGUCGUCUCACUAGGACAUAGUCCUGUCGUCCCACUAGGACAUAGUCCUGUCGUCCCACUAGGACAUAGUCCUGUCGUCCCACUAGGACAUAGUCCUGUCGUCCCACUAGGACAUUGACCUGUCGUCCUAACAGGACAUGUCUGUCCUCUCAUCAGGACAUAAGCUGCCGACAAGAACCUCACAAACAACUAUGUCCUGGACUAGUUUCCUUAAUGAUAACCAACCUUUCAUAUAGCACUCUCCAAUGUUAUAGUGUUUCU